CCCUCUGCUACUGACCGGUCCUCUACUCUUACGGUUUUUCCUUAUCUCGACCAACUUCCCUUGACGGGAUACGACACUACUACUCAACAGGCCUUUCCUUGCUCGUCAUGAAGAACUUCGCAACUCCCCUUUUCCUCCUCUUCACCAACAUCGUCCUUGGUGUGCUGGGGUUUGACCCCAACUGCAAUUCCAACGUCGCAGUGUACUGGGGCCAGAACAGCGGUGCAUCUGGCUCACUGCCGUACCAGAAACCCCUCGGUGCCUACUGCGACGACGAUAACGGGGCCGGCGGCUACCCGGUUCUGAACUUUGCCAACAUUUGCGACUAUACAAAAAACUCGUCAGUGCCUGUGUUCCCGGGUACCGAACUGAUGCACUGCUCCGACAUGGGUGCCGAUAUCAAGAAGUGCCAGAAGCGCGGCAAGAUCGUGCUGCUCUCAAUCGGCGGUGCCACUGCGCAGCUCAACUCUGACGCGGCUACGUUCUCGAAGCAGGUCUGGGACCUAUUCAUGGAGGGGUCUUCCCAAUAUCGUCCAUUCGACGACGCAAUCAUUGACGGUGUCGAUCUUGACUUUGAGCAGAGCUCGCAGAUGGACAUCGUCCAAUUCGCCAACAACAUGAACCAGUACUACAAGUCCAGCCCUACCUCGCGCAAGUACUAUUUGACAACGGCCCCGCAGUGCCCGUACCCAGAUGCCAACCUGCACAAGGUGCUGACCGGCGCGCAUGUGGAUAUGGCCUUUAUCCAGUUCUACAACUCGGGCUGGUGCGACAACUCAAAGUACGGCCUGCCGCACUGGCCGCAGGCGCAGAAUUACUACAUGUGGGAGGAUGCGUGGCAGAACAAAUCGUUUGCCAACCCAAACAUGAAGCUGUAUGUGGGUGCCACGGCAGGAUCAGGCGCAGGCAACCCAUCGUCGUACGUGUCGCCAUCGUUCUUUGCACAAGAACUUAAGGAGCUGCAAGGAAACUACACACACUGGGCAUAUGGCUCAUCGCCGAACUAUGCCGCCAAUGCAAAGCAGGCGCUGAUGGCCGGGUCCCGGUGCUCUGCCAACCCGCCGUCCUCAACGACUACGACCACGAGGUCCAACUUCGAGUACAACUACGGGUCCAGCUUCGAGUACAUCCUCGACCUAAAUCCUAUUCCAACAACAGCAACGUCUACUCCACCUGCCACAACGUCUACCUCUGCUCCAGCUACAACAUCUGCACCUGCCUCCACCACGACAGCUGGUACUGGACCGGUGGCUGGCGGACCAUGCUCAUCACAGGGCACAUUCCAGUGUGCUGACUCAAGCGGAAAGAACCCGGCGUACUUUGGGUGCGGCUCCGGAACAGCGUGCUUCCAGACGGGUUCGUCCAUCUAUUGCAACUGGCCAUCAUCGUAGGCGCUAUGCGUGCACUUUGACUAUCUCAGAACUACUCCAAAUUACUAGCAAUAAUGUCUGAGGGCUGCACUUUCUGAAUUGCAAUAUACCCGUUACUAGGAUAUUACACUUUUGUCAAAGUGGCACAUUAGCAUACGCAGUCCAAAGCCAAGCCGCUGAUAUAACGGCAAAAGCUGCAAUGACCAGGUGUAAUGUGGACAUGGCCUGACGAUGUGCGGCCGCCCAAGCUUG